CGGGCAUCUGUGGACUACGUCAUAGAUGAUGUACAUCCGGUAUACGAGAGCGCCAUUUUCAAGUCUGCAGUCGUUGACAGUCACAGUGUUGACAAAUGAAUAUGUUCCAGGCAGUGAGGAGUAGCUGAAGACCACAAUGGAUUACCAGAAAGAAGUAGAGACAUUUCGUUCCAAGCUGCAAGAAGCCAGAGAGAAGUUCAACCACUGGACGGGAGAUGAACUACGACAGUUGACCCAAGAUCUUGCACUGACUUCCAGCAAACUCCUUCAGGAUUCACUUGAGGAAAAGAAGGAUCAUGAGGAUGGAUUGAAUGAUCUCCGACAUAAGUGUCAAGUCAGCAAAAGGGCUCUUAAUGAACACAUAGCAAAGCUGCAGGAGUUGAAGACUGAACUCAAACGCCUUAAUGAAGAGUCUGAUGAAAGGCUGAAAGAACACAGAUUUGUGGAACAGGAUUUAUUAAGUGUUGGAGAAGACAUCAGUAGAGAGAAACAGUUACUGUCUGCCCAAGAGAAAGCCAUAUCUGAAAAGUUGACAGAGCUGGAGAGAGCAGCAGCCAUGUUCCAAGACAGACUUGGACUCAAGUUCAAGAAGACGUCAGGUGGUCGCCUGCAGGUGGUGUUCACCUGUGUCGAUGACAAGGAUCCGGAUGCUCGCUUCUACUUCUACGUGCAGAUCAACCAGGGAAAGUACAUAGUGUCUGGCUGUGAGCCAUUGGUGGACAACUUCGAGGCCUUGGUGAAAAAGCUCAACUCGACAAACAACUUCCGCUCUUUCGUGAUUGCUGUUCGGAAAGCUUUCAAGGCGACCAUAAAAAGCUGAGCCGUCACCAGUGUAUGGUGGAGCUGUGGGAGCACCAAGGCAUGCAAAAACAAAGACACUAUAAUACUCGUAUAUACUUGGACAACAAUCCUAAAUCCUUCACCAACAUGACUUUUGAAAAUAAGGUUACAUGAAAAUUAUGACUUGUCAAUGUGUGUUUCAGCUAUCUUGUGUUUCUGGCAAUAUUCACGCUAUGUUAUGGCUUGACCAUAUUGAUUGUUCAGACUAUUCUUUGUAAGUUGUGCAUCGGGGAGAACUUACUACUUGUGGGGGCUCGGGUGGCCCAGUCGUCUAAGGCGCCACGAUUCGCUGUGCAGAGCUGCAGAGCUGCAUCCCUGGGGCAAGCCAAUAACCUAUGAUUGUAGGUUCCAAUCCCGGUUCGCCCUGAUUGUUUCCAGGUUUGUCAGCACCAUACCCCGGCUCAUGGGUUUCACCGAAGUGGUAAACAUCUGAGACCUGCAUCACUUCUGGCUUUCCAUGACACGCCGCUAUAUAACUGGAAUACCGUUAACAGCGGCGUUAAACCCAACUCACAGACCAUGUGUGACCUGUGAAGAUCCGAGUUAUGGUUGCCGAAGACCAAUGCUAAGCAUGAUAAAAGGCAACAAACAGGAUUCAGUGGUCUAGGCUCGCUGUCUUGAUGGAUGCGUACCCCAAUCGCUCAUGAUGUCAAUCAUUGGAUUGUCUGGUCUAGACUUGAAUAUUUACAGACUGCCACCAUAUAGCUGGAAUAUUGCUGAGUGUGGCUUUAAACAACAAACACACCUUAUGUGAUGGAGAUCUUCCUCAAUGUGGAACUAGGCUGCCAGAUGGGAUAGCUUCCUCGGACACCUCAGUUUCUGUUUAUCAACAGUCCUUAAACUGCUUUGUGAGGUGGUGUAAUCAGUACAUACAUGUAUACAGUGUUAGAAUGGAAGUUCAGGGGUUGUAGUUUUCUCCUAUAGUAUUUGAACUAUUAAGGAGAGUUGUAACAAAGGCCUCUUGACUUUCACUCCCAAGUCUAGCUUACAUGAAAAAUGAAUAAAGAAAUAGUUAUCAAAAA